CUGUGUUACGGCUGUUGGCAACUGUUGCCCUUGGAGUCAAACGCCAUAACUACGGAAGCUGGGAGGACCUAGUAACCUGUCAACAAAAAGACGGGAGAGAGUGGUGGCCCGAGGCGGCUUGAUGGAAGCUCAGGGUUUCAUCACGGAGAUGCAGCCACUGAGCUCGAGUCACGUCCAGCAGCCACAGAACUCGCCUCCGCAGGCCCAGGCAGUCGUCUCCCAGCCAGCGACCACCAUGCAAGCAGCCACCACGGCAGCCUCGCAACAGACCCAGGCGGUGGUUGUUGCCACGGCGACUGCUCAGCAUGUGGCCCCCUCGACAUCCCCACCGCAGACGAGUCCACAGGCGACAGUGGUCCAGGUAGCAACGACCAAUGGCACACCACACUUCAUCGCUGUUGCAGUGGCCGAUCCCGAUGGACAGACGCCCGGCACUGUGACCCUUCAGCCGACUUCUGCAGUGCACCCGACGUACGUCCAGUAUGUCGACAGCACUGGAGAUCCCAGCCUUUACACCGCCACUAACGGACAGAUGACGGGUUAUCCUGUGUACAGCGUCACAGACGCAGGGGCGAUGUACACCCCUGGCAAUGCUGCCUACUACAGCACCGCCAGCGGUACUGCGGUCACCUAUUCGCAGGCUCUGGAAGUGGCGGAAGUUUCCUUUCUAAGCUCGAAAACCGAUGACCAGCGCAAAGUGGUUGAGAUGAUGUCGGCCUACCCCGGAGACCAGUGUGUGGUGCAAACACUCCAGGAGGCAUCGCCCAUGCCUCUGGCCGCAGCUGCGGCUACGACUCCUGCCACUGCGCCCACUGUGGUUACGGCCACUGCAUCGGUUGGCAGCUCCUCCCAGCACUCGCCGUCAUCUAGUGGCGGCAGUGGGCAACACCAGAACAUACGCGACAUGGACAUCAUCCACGUGCAGUGGUUGAUUGACAACUACGAGACGGCGGAGGGGGUGUCGCUGCCGCGGAGCACGCUGUACAACCACUACCUGCGGCACUGCGGGGAACACAAGCUGGAACCCGUCAAUGCCGCUUCCUUUGGAAAGCUCAUCCGCUCCGUUUUCCUCGGCCUGCGCACACGACGACUCGGCACCCGGGGCAACUCCAAGUACCACUACUACGGCAUCCGGGUGAAGCCCAACUCGCCGCUCAACCAGAUCUCGGAGGAAGUGACCACCACUGCUCUGCGGCAGCAGUCGGCGACACAGGCCAAGAGAUUCCGGCUGAGCGGAACCAAGUCUGGCCUGUCUGACACGCCAGAGUCCGGCACCGGAGCAGGAGGAGGAGGAGGGGGUGCGGCCAUUCCGAGCCAAGGGCAGGCAGCCGACGCGCCGGGAGCCGCCACCACUGCGGCGCCACCCGUCGCAGCACAGCAGCCCUCGUCUGCCCAGCAGCACCUGCAGUUCCUGGGCGAUGCGUCUGCGGCCGUUCCCGUGCUGGCCGAGGUGGACUUCGGCGGCGGCCCCCUCCCGGAAGGGCUGGCCAAGAAGGACAUCGAGGCGUUCCGGCACCUAUACCAGGACCACUGCGAUGCCUUCUUGGAGGCUGUGAUGAACCUGCACUUUUCGACGGUGGAGUCCCUGUGGCAAGACCUGUGGGGAGGUGCCGGCAACGACUGUGGGGACCAGGAGAAAGGGCUGAGUCAGUCGAAGCUGCACCUGCUGUGUAAAUGCGAGGCUGUGCAGAAGUUUGUGCAGCAUGCCGACUACCAGUUCUACCAGAACCUGGUGGACGUCCUCAUCCCCGACGUCCUACGGCCCAUCCCCAGUUCCUUGACACAGGCCAUCCGGAAUUUCGCCAAGAGCCUCGAGGGAUGGCUCACCUCAGCCAUGCAAGGCUGUCCCGAGGACAUGGUCAAGAUCAAGAUCGGCGCUGUGAGUGCUUUUGCACAAACACUGCGGCGGUACACCUCGCUCAACCACCUGGCGCAAGCAGCACGGGCGGUGCUCCAGAAUUCAUCUCAGAUCAACCAGAUGCUCUCCGACCUCAACCGGGUCGACUUCCACAACGUCCAGGAGCAGGCAUCGUGGGUGUGCCAGUGUGAGGACAGCCUAGUGAGUCGGCUCGAGCAGGACUUCAAGCUGACGCUGCAGCAGCAGACCUCGCUCGAGCAGUGGGCUGCCUGGCUCGACAGUGUCGUUGGACAGGUGCUCGAGCCGUUCCGCGGCCGGCCCGAGUUUCCCCGGGCGGCCCGCCAGUUCCUGCUCAAGUGGUCCUUCUACAGUUCAAUGGUGAUCCGUGACCUAACGUUGCGGAGUGCGGCCAGCUUUGGGUCGUUCCACCUGAUCCGCCUCCUGUACGAUGAGUACAUGUUCUACCUGGUGGAACACCGAGUGUCUGAGGCCACGGGAAAGACACCCAUUGCCGUCAUGGGAGAGUUCCUGGGCUUGGGAGCCAAGGCAGCGUCAUGCGACGCCCUGAGCCCUGACGUAGUCGUUGAAAACGGUUCUUCGCCAUCCUCGUCUUCAACGAGCAACUGCUCCACGCGUCCGACCUCGGCAGGGUACAGCAUGAUUCUCGCCAAUGGCUGGCCGGCCACCAUCGUGAGUCAGGCUCCGAUGGCAGAAAGUGAAAGCACGGGUUCUCCGGUCAAGAAGUUGAAGAGCGUCUAGUCAAUGCCGGUCCUGUUGCGUGAGUGAAAGAACCGACUCUGAAUCUGGUUGGAGAAGACAGGCCUCCGGUGCUUUUCCUCUUGCCAGCUUCGCAUCCUUAGAGCAAGAGCUGCUGCGUUGCCGUGGUUGCCUCGUCUUCAACUUAAGAAGUGUGGCCAAGGUUGCGUUAUGGCUCCUCGACGAAGCGGGCCUUGUCAUCUAUGUGAAGCCUCACAUCCUUACUUACUGGUGAAAGAAAAGGAGACUCUUGGUUUUAUUAUCAAAAGGUGGUAAUGAAUUGAUACAGUAGUGUUGCAUCAUCAUCAUCAUCAUCGUGGUUCGUGAGAGAAGCAGGUUUCGUGCUAACACUCUGCACUUGCUGGCCAUUAUGUACUUAGACACAUCUCGGUCAGUUUAGUGGGACAGAAAGCAAAGGCAAGAAAGGCCUGCACACACGGUUGGGAAAGGCACUCUGCAGGCCCGAUCAAUUUCAUUGCCACAAGCAAAGUGUCUUAAAGACCUGGGGUAUUGGAUGUCAGCUACCUUUGAGACAUACGGUGUUAUUGCACAAAGUUGAGUGAUAUGUUGAAUGCCUCAGAGGAGAAGCUGUCGUAACCAGCUGGAAAAAAAUGAAAGGCAAAUCUUUUGGCCAGGGUAAAGUCACCAGAGAGCUGGACAUUGGCCAUUGCUCCUACUUCCCUCAAGUUUCAGUUUGUACACAAAAGCACUGGUCAAACUUCUUUUUUUUUUUUUUACCAGGCAAGCAGUCCUAAACAAAAGCAAGGACCAGACAGGACCAGGUGCUAUGCAUAUUGUCUCCUUACUUUCGAGUGGCUUUUUUUGGGGCUUCUUGCUCCAAAACAAAUGAACCCACGCGCCCAGAUUUGCAGUUGCUCUAUGGACCCCGAGGAAGCAUUGUGCAAGUACCCGUUACUGUUUGCACUGCUGCAAACUUGUGUGACAAAAAACGUGCCUCUGUCGUGACAGAAUAUAGACCUGACGCCUGUGUCCGUCUUUUCAUAUCCACAGCUAGUUCUUGUGGCCUUUGUCUCAUAUGCUGGCUUUGCACAGCCCCGGAAAUGUGCCGAGUGUUUGAUGACUUUGCUACGCACUCCCUUUGAUUUAUUAUGAGGAGACCUCUGAAAGCAUUGUUUCCAUCGACUCCAGGGUGUACUUCGAGAACUUAGGUAGGCGGACAGAGCUGUAACCCACUGCUGGGGCUCUUCCAAAUGGAUGAUUUUGAUACGGAUCUUGAGGAAAUGUUCAUCUCGAUUUGUUUCGUAUGGCGCACCAACAGGCGCAACAUUUGUAAAUAUUGAAAUGGCAGGUAGGAUAGUGUAUUUGAGAGGCACUGCAGCUGCACUCUGAAGUUGCUGUUACCCAAGCUUGCUGGUUUGAAGUGGUAGUCACAAAUACUGGCUUUUUCUAAGUCAUCCGGUCGGCUGCGGAUGCGGUUAGCCCACUGGCGGACGUAAGGAGGGCUUGUUUCAGUGUUAUUGUUUUUUCUGAAGUGCAUCACUUCUGCCGAGUAUAAUUAAGCUCUGAGGACAUUGGUGUUGGUCAAGUUGUUAUAGUCGCCAACAUUCAACACAAUAAUUGUGGCAGUGUUAUUUGUGACCUUGAAUGUCUACAAUAGCAGAGCAGGCCUUCUGCAGAGAUGUUGGUUGCAUCCUAGUCGUGCCCUACCUUUAAUUAAGGAGUACCUUUUUUACUUUGCUCGCAUUGCAUGACAAAAGUGCAGAUGAGAGCCCAUGGCCUUGAAUGUGUGGGAUGUACUAUCGCGUUCAAUAUAACCUGCAAAAGCACGAGCCGUGACCGUGGCUACGCUCUUGAGAAAGGAACAGAGAGGAUUACUCCAGGCUAGUAAUGUGCAUGGCCCCCUGCCUUCCGUCGUCUGCUUCGGAGAGUGAUCAAAGCAGAGAGAAGGCAAGGGGCUAUGUGCAUUGCUGAAAUAGCGAAACCUUCUCCGAUUUUUUUCUCAAGAGCGUUGCUGCAGCCAUGACUCGGGCUUUGCAUUUCAUAAUAAAUGCGAUACUACCUAAUUUAAUGUGCUAUAUUGAAAAACUCGAGUACUUCAUUGUGCCCAGUUUUUUAAGGCAGUGCCAUUUAUAGUACUAUCAUUUAAAUGACUUACGCGUUUAGUUGCCAAACAGUUGCCAUAUUUGUUUCAUCGCAGGGUGCAGCUUGAAAAUGGAAGGGUUUUUUUUUUUCGUGUAGGUAAUUUUUUUUUUUAAUCUUUGAACAUGGAGUCAACCAUGGUGUUUGCUAGAUUUAUUUGAAGGUUGAACCAAAUGAAGUGCUUUUUUUUUCGUGUAGGUAAUUUUUUUUUUUUUUAAUCUUUGAACAUGGAGUCAACCAUGGUGUUUGCUAGAUUUAUUUGAAGGUUGAACCAAAUGAAGUGCUUUCGGGCUUUGUGUGCCUUGGAUGUUUUGAAUUUGCCCGUGACAAGGAUUGCCUGUGCGCAUUAUUUCUUUGGAAUUGUCCAUCGCUGCUUUUGUUCAUCUUCGGUUGACCACGGUAAUGUUUUGACAGAAAUAUGUAAAAAAACAUUGGCACCAUGCAGUCGUGGAAGUGUGAAAUGCAAAUGGGCACAAUUCAAAACAGCAACAAAAUGGAAAUUGAGCUGAGGCAGUCCAUACGAACAUCACGUGAAAGACGGCUCUUUUUAAGAGACAGCCAACAGCGCUUCAGCUUAUGCCAGUCUUUUUUUGUGUUCUGACUGAAGAAUGUAGUGGACAGCAUGAUGUUACAUAUUAUCAGUGGUUUUGCAAAAUGGAUGAACUCGUCUAGUUUCAUUGGGUGCGUAAGGAUGUGCUCGUGUGUACUCCCUAGUUGAAGAAAAGGUGGUCCACGCUUUUUCAGGUUCUUACCUUACUUUGUAUAUUCUGCUAAACCUAAUGGUAGUGGGACAUCAAUUCUUUACCAAGAAUAGUAGAAUGUCAUCUACUGUAAAACAAGGAGCUGCUAAUGAGAGAUGUGUCAAGGGUACAGGAAAGCUAGAAGCACAGAUGUAGAAAUAUGCUAUCGUGUUCAGCAUGCGUUGCAAUAUGCUAGCUGUGACUGAAGCGGACUCCCCGAGUCAAGCUCGUGGCACCAUAGAGUUUCUUACAAUAUUACCUAGAGGGAAAUCUGGCGCCACUGUCUGAGUGUCCUAAGGGGCGCUGUGCUGUCGUGGGAAUGCAUGUGCAAGGCUUUUGUUGACCGAGGAAAGGCCUAAAACGUGGAUACGGCUGCACAGAUAAAGCUUUCCUAAUAUAAAAUCUUUUCAUUUAUCCGCAUUACAUUUUCAAUAAAGUUUUACUCACCUGCAGUGCAUAAUCAAAGGAUGAAAAGGAAGAAUAGACAACAAACUGUCACAAAGUGAGUGCGGACCUUGUCGUUUGUCCUCAAACUUUAGCUGGCCACUGAUACUUUUUACGUUUCGUAUAAUUGUACAUCCAAGCACAAGUCCUCAUGAUUGAAUAAAGCAUGUUUUUGUGUAAUAUUAAAGUUAAAACAGCUUUUUACUUGUUGUUUUAGUAGAAAAUUAACUAUUGUGACAAACGGUACGGUGCUAGCCAGGCACACCUUCAACGAGUUCUGGCUCUCCAAGGACGAUGUUAGUCUGAAGCCGGCACAUCCCGGCAUUCUCAGGAAUACAACUGCGUCGCAGCAGCAGUUUUUCCUGUAGGUAAUAGUGUAAGCUCUAUGGGUGGCAGUAACACAUGUUAAUGCAAAGCACAUUAACCUAACGAUGAGCAACACAAGAACAAGGUGAGAGCAGGAGCCAACGUUUCGACAAGUCCACUUGUCGAAACGUUGGCUCCUGCUCUCAUCUUGUUCUCGUGUUGCUCAUCGUCUUGAAUUUCCAUUGCCCGCAUUCCCCUGAUUAACCUAACGAGAAGUUCAACACUGAGCUGCUGCUCUGCAGUGGGCCAGUGAUUUAUCACAUCAGAAUUUAAGCACACGGCAUCUAAAAAUAGCAUGCGGUGGAAAGCAGUAGGGUUGAUGCACAUUGCUGGUACAGCCAAAUCUACAACUUUUUUUGUCGAUCACAUCACCUGCUAAUGGGCCCCUUGCCAGGUUUGGGCACUGCCAACAGACAAGCACAGUUAGUAAACCACGCCCUAAUGAUCGUGUCUGCAAAGUAUCAAACCGCAGCAUGACGGUUCGAUACUUUGAAAAUUUCUAACGAAAGCCCUUCCUCCCGAGAGAGCCCAGCUUCUCGCUGAAGAGUCGGGGUCGCACACAAGCGUCUCUACAUCAGACACACUGCCUGCAACGUUGCUGAUUAUGGCAUGUGACUUCAGUAAAUCGUCCAAUGUAGAAUGUGUAAAACCACCACUCGAACGGAGUGCACAGUGCCGUGAAAAAGGAAGAGACAUGAUACAGGAAGACGCAGACAAGAUGCAGUCUAUGGUAUGGGAGAAGGCAGGGAAGGAAUGUGACUUGCGGAUGCUAGUCGAGGCAAAGGAAAAGAGUGUCUAUGCUGACAGGGAAGCUUGCCUUCUGGCAGCAUGGCAACGUAACAUUUCAAUUUCACCCAUCGUCUCUAAUAAUGAACCAAUUUGAAAAAUUCUUGUCGUAACAUAUGCCCGUUAGGCCGCACCCUACAACUUCCAGUGUAUAACCAAAAUUUCCUGUGGUUUCUGGUGAGGGGCACUUUAACGCUUGCUUGCUGGAAAGAAGGCUCCGGGCACAGCUUGCUUGUUGCAACUCAUGACGAACAUUGACAGUGCCCACUUUUGAAUAGGCUGGUCUGGGUUGCAGACCAUCAUCUGGCAAAUUUGAGCACAUGUGAUGGCUGAGCCAUGCUCUGAUCACCGCCACAGGUGCUCUUGUCAAAGCAGGUGGAGUUGCUGUAGGACAUUCCACACUUAGUGCCGUACCUACUUAGGGACCAACUUAUGGCGCUUAAGUCUUAAGCAGUCUAUCACUGCUGUGUUUGGGUGAUGAAAGUGUGUGUUGAGAUAGCAGUAAUUUCUGGGCAUGUGUGCAGUAUGGCGGACAUUUUUUAGAGCAGACAAGUCCACAUCUGUGAUAAGCCUGGGUGUAAUGUUAUGUAUGAUUUGCAACCGCCACAAUCUGUGCUGAAAGUGACCUAGUGUUCGUGCAAUGCCCAUACAAAUUGCAGUUUACAUUUUUAAGAGCUGUGCUUAUGAGCACUGCAUUUUGUUGCCUGUUUUAAGAAAAAGCUGAAAGGUUGCGCGAUUUCUUCAGGGCCAACUUCUUAUAUGCAGCCUGCUAUAUGCAUUGUUUGGUGCCCUAAUAGAUUCAGGGACUUUCUUUCCUGAAGUCUAUCCAGGAUGCGAUGCUACUGUGGCAGAUUUGUCUGAAGCACUGAAUACAUGACAUUGGUAAAUAUUAGUUUUCAUCUCUGACCAAGCAGUCUUAAUGUUCAGGUCUCAAGCACCUGCUACUUAUAGCUUAGGUUUUGUUUAGUUUUUUCUUUUCAUGGAAUCGUGUUAGUUCUAAAUACUAAUGUGGCUGUGUUGUUCUAAGCGCAGAGCAUUAACACUGAGCCAGAAGUUUUAAUUAGUGCAUUACAUUUCUUUAGCUAUCACAUCUUCCUUGUUCUUUCAUUGUUGUGGGUUGAAUAAGAAGGACAUCAUGGCCGUGCAAAAAUAAGAGAGUGUUGCCUGACCAGAGGACCUUUUAAAGGCUUUAGUUUGUGUGUUAACAAUGGCACGGAGUGUUUUUUUUUUUUUUUGUGACAUGGCUCCUGUCCAUGAAUACUUGUCGCACAUAAAAACAGGUGCAUUCCUAGUCAGUGCUGUCACAAACACGGAUCGCUGUCACACCCAGAGUGAGCACGCGUGAAAGGAUGAUUGAUGCCUUAGCUGCAUGUGUCGCGCUUCAUUGCGCGCAUUCUGUACAGUCGCUAGAUCAGGGCAUGAUUUCCUCAUGGCGUGCAGCGGAGUGCGAAUGUCCUUGCACGUGUGGAUUGGGCAAAGGUAUGUGCCGGCAACUUCAUCAGCACAUCAUGUAGCAUAAUUACCCAACUCGCACCUACGUGUCUAAGCAUGUCUGUUUCCAUCGUCACAUCGCACCUGCUUCCUGAGAAAGAGACACCAAAAGUGAGGCAUGUGAAAUGGCAAUGGGUUCAAGGAAAGUUUUAUUCUUUGUCAUGCUAUAACAAAGCUGCAUCCCAUAUAAAUAUGCUGUCAAUGCGCCCCCGAAUCUAAUGCGCGCCUAAUUUUCGGGGGUUUAAAGCGAGAAAAGAAAAGUGCACCUGAAUGUAACGUGCUGCCGAUUCAUAAAAGUAAAAUAUACCAUGGCCCCCACAUUUGUGAUCAGAAAAAGGGGAGAUGUGCAGGGUUUACCCUCACAAGCAGGAAUUUCUUUAAUGUGCUUUCAUAAUGAAAGCAGCUCAGUGUUGUUGCCAUUUGCGCUUCAUUGGCCACAGAAAUCAAGCACACAGGGGCGGUAUUCUCAAGCGGUCAUUUUUAGAGUUGCUAAUAUCACUUUCGCAAAACUCUGCAUCGGACUCGUAGACGUAUAUCACCAGCAGCGAUUAUGAAACUUGAUCUGCAACUGGUUUUCUUCAAUUUGGGGCUCAAAGUCACGUGUCUUAACUGUUUUUAGCCAGGAAUAGCUACCUGAUAGUCAACAUGAUUUUAUAUCUUGGCGUACUUUCGAAUUCAAUAACUAUCCACCAGCACACAUUGAGGCUGCGGGAAGUUGGAAGUGGGACCCACCUCCAAUGUUUUGCUUUGUUUUGAGCUUGCCAAGCAUCUUCUGACGGCGCUGGUAGGCUAAACUUAUUUGUUUUCAUGCGCCCAUUUAAGACAAUGAAAGUGACGUAAAUGAGCAGCAAUGCUUAUCCAAAUUUUUCUUCAUUGCCGCAUGCUUUUUGUAAUGGCAGCAUCAAACCACCACUAUCGCACCAGAACUAUAAGCGUUGGGCUUUUUCAUCUAGAAAGCAUCGGCCCUAUGCUCGGGGCACAACACACAACCUACAGUAAGGCGGCCAUCAAGCAUUGACUCGAUACGAGAGUGCCAAUAGCAGCAUUGUGAGCCCACACGACGAUGUAAUUCAGAUGCAUUGUGUAUGAAUUUGGUCCAGCAGUGUUAUUUCAGCAGUGUUAUUUCAGCAGUGCUUUUGAUGCCUCAUUGGCUGGGAUUUGAGCAGACUAAAGAUCCACAGGAUACACGAAAUUAAAGUUGGAGAAACGUAUGCCUGGAGCGUCUUGAAUGGAAAAGUUGGUGCAGGUGCAAUUACGACUACCCGAUUGGCGAAAUACACUGGCAUCACGAUUGCAUCAUGUGAACCACGUUUACUACAUUUGUAAGGCUUUAUUUUUGGUGUCUCUUUCCCUCAAUGUGUAGCUUGUUCACAAGAAGCACGCUUUUGUGCGCCGGUUUAUCAGGUUUUGGAACGGUGCGCCCUUUGAUAAAGAAGAAAGCAUACAGAGUCUAGUCAUUGCUAAGGUAUGAUUUAUAUGAUGUGCCUGCAUUAAUGAAGAAUCAACUUUUCUUUUAAUGUACAGUAUGAUAUGCAGGGUCUUAUUGAGAAAACAUGUUUGAUAACAUGCUCUUGUGUAAUGUGACUGUUACUUGGAGAAUGUGCAAAUUUUGUGCAUGCUUACAUGUCUAUGUGCUCAGUUCAGCCAGACUGUUCUUGUGGCACUGUCGCCUGUCUUUUUCAUGGUGCCUACAGGAGAGUCGUGCACUUACUGGCAUGUGCUUUUAUCGUCCAGUAUUCUCUGUAGUGACAGUUCACAAUGCAGUCGCUCCACACAACUUUACAAUUCGUAUUGUUGCUCAUGUCUUCAUUUGAUCAUCUUUUUCAUGUACCGUCUGCAAAUUAUUAUUGCAUAUGUGAAGCCUACAAUUGUUGCAGAAGAGAGAAGAGCUUGUGCCUCACCAACAUAGAUUUCAGGCCAAGGUUGGUUAGGGAGCUGUUAACUGACCCCAACAUGUACUCUAUCUAUCAACAUGUAGCAAGGUUUUGUGAAACAUGAAACUCUUGAAAGACUUGCGGCUUUUGAACAUGUCUCGACUAGGAAACUACAGACUCUUCUUUAGGCCAUUGGACAUCGUAGUGAGGCAACGAACAGGAUGGAAUGAAAUGGUUAGGAGAACAAGAAAAAUGGCUUCAAUCUACUGCAGAUGUUGCAAUGAGGUUGUUCUGUUUUUGUGCGAUACUCUUUAAGAUGGUUUGGCCUUGGCGGAUACACAAUUUCUGCAUUGGAACUUGCAACGUUCCCUCCAUUCUGUUUUAAGUGUGAGAAAAAAAGUGUGCCCCGGUUUGGUGGCCGAAAAUUGAGAAAUGUAUAUGUACGUUUUCAUUGUGCAGGAAAUGUGAGCGCUUGGUCAGCUUGUGAAUUUCCUUGCGGCCAUUAACCGCUUUGAUAAAGCCAAAUCCUGCUUUUAUAGCACAUUAGCGAUCGUCUCUGUCAUCAUUUCAGUUGUGUUCUGAUCUAUUGUUGCAGCAACAUCAAACGAUUUCUAUUGCUUUUGUCAAGCGGUACGUAACCUUGUGAGAGAACAUUUAGGGCUCAUCCUGGACUUGGUGUUCACCAUUGUUGAGAUUCCUUGCAUCUGGUCGCUGGUUUUAGUAUCGGACCGCAUUUCAAAUGUGAAUACAGCCUGUGUACUGUGGGGUGGCUGUAUUUCGAUUGGCAUGGAAUAAAAAUGUUCAGAGUUUGGUGGGUAAUAACAAAGCCAGUGUGGCCAACUUAAUGUGUCCCUUAUUUCCUGCAACAUUUAACUCCAUCAUUGAGUCAUAACUCAUUUAUGAUAAGUCGCCACGAUUGCCACUUCAUGGAAUUUCUUUUGCGGCCCGGGCAAGCUUGUUUCCUAGGAAUGACGCUCGCUUGCUGACCAAAGGGAAUUGGCCGAGAAGCGGGUGGUUUGGAAAGUGUUUUAGUGAAACUAUUAUUCAAUAAUAUGAUUCAUUUAGAGCUAUGUCAAGGCGAUUGUGUGCAGUCCACAUGUUCAUUUUCGUUAUCUUUUUCCUUUUUCUUUUGAAUGCAAAGAUAAGUUCUAUUUUGACUGAUGCGAUCUAAGUGUGUUGCUCUUUCUAACCUGUAUUUCCAUACAUUUUUUUUUCUCUCUCGUGGCCAAAGUCAAGCCCAUUACCAUUAUUAUUUAUAGUGCUUUGUGUGAAUGUAUAGAGAACAUUGCAAGAACUACACUUUUUGUUGCACUUGUUUUGUGUGUGUGCAUGUGUGAAUAAAAGACACUAAAGGAUUUGACGCUGAAACCGAA